AUGGUUCUCGCCAUGCUGGGGGCUCUGCGUCCCAGGGCUGGGCUGAGCCUCUUCCUCCUCUACCUCCUCCUGGCAGCUGCACUCCUCCGCCCCCAGCCACUGAGGCCUCAGCGAUCUGUUCCUGAAGAAUUUUCAGCCCCUCUGGAACUCUCGCAGCCACUUUCCGGCCUAGUGGAUGACUAUGGGGUUCGACCCAAGCACCCCUGGCCACGAGGGCCUCGACCCCUCCUCUCCCAGGCCCAGCAGCGCAAGCGGGAUGGGCCAGACAUGGCUGAGUAUUACUACGACGCACACCUGUGA